UUCGUGAAUGCCAAUAUCUCAUCUAGGAAAUAAAUAUAAUAAAUUCACUAGCUAUUUUAUAUCAUAUCUUCAUUAUAUAUCGAUUAAAGAGAGACGUUAAGCGAAAGAAAUUGGCGACCAAUAAUGAUAAAAUCGUGAACGUUGAUGGCUUGUUAAUUAAACAAUGGCGUAUUAUUCAAAGUGGCGUACAUUUAAAUAUUCAACGAUUAUAAGAAUAGCGUCGUAACUUGGAUCUCGAAAGUUCAGCUUUACCAUUAGCAACAGUUGUUAUUAUGAGAGUUAAGUAAUUUCUUUGCAUAGCAUAGUCGAGUCGCGCCAGAAUGGUACGUGUUAUUCCAGUGCACAAUUUCCUUGAGCAAAAUGUCGCACAAGUGGAGGAACCGACGGCGAGUUGUAUUGCCAGUAUACCGGAAUCCAAUUGCGAGUUUUUGCUCGUUGCUCAAUCGAGCCACUGCGUCGAGGUCCGGGAUCUAUCGACGCCCGAGCUGGGAUUUACCAGCUCAUUUCCAACCGUUGAUCUCGUUAGCCAAAUGGUUCACUGUAUCAAGGGCAAUUAUGUCGCUACCCUGGAGAGUAAGCUCUCGAGGGACAAUGUCCACAGCAGCAGUUUCGUGAGGAUUUAUGUGAAUUGGGCUAGCCAGGAACGCCAAGCGAUGAGGGCCAGGAUUGCUGGGCGAGUCACACCUAGCUUGAACCGGCCACAGAACAGCCUUGAGAUGAUCGAGCUGCCUGUCAACUUGAAACCUUCUGUCAUCGCGUGCUGUCAGACUACUGGUAAUCUUUUGGUGUCAAUGGGCAAUAUUCUGCUUCUGCAUGAAUUUAAGAUCGAAACUCAGAACUUAUCCAAGAUGAAGUUUAUUGAUUUCGAGGCCAGACCUUGGUCUAUAGGAUUAAAUUUUUCACCCACCCAUCUGCAAAUCAUGGAGGACUUUAUAUCGGUAAUGGAUUCUACUCGUUUCGUUGUAUUUCGACUGACCAAUCCACUGUACGACGAUAUCGAUCAUUUGAGCUCUCUAACUUCUACAACUUCGUCUUCUAACGACAAGACAACGAUAUCGACUGACUUAUGUAGUAUGGAAGCCAUGGAUAAUUCCACAUCUAUACAUACGAAUAAGGGUAUAAAUUUAAUCAAGCAAAAAAAUAAUGCCAAUAAGCAAAAUAUUACAGAUAAAAAUUCAAAUCCAUGCAGUUUUCUUAAUUUAUCGGCCAAAAGUCAUAAGAAAAAUAAAUGUAUCGACUGGAAUCGUUUGGCGAAUGAUGAAAAAAUGGAGCUGGAGUGUUUAAUAAGCGAGGGAAUAGUCGAUGAAAACUGUCGACCUUUCUCUGUUAAUUUGCCAUCCAUAUGUUUAGAAAGAGCUGGGCCAGGUCAUAUUUUAAAUCCGUUUAUCCUAAAUUCCGAAGAUACUGAAGUAUGCAUUAAGAUAACUUCACCAGACAAUGGAUGGUCUGAAAAUUAUGCCGUGAAAAAUAUUCUACGACUGAAAAUUGCUAGUGUAAACGAUUUUUGUCGAAAAGAUGGCAAUACCGAAUCGUUCACAAGUUUUGUUUUAAAGCCAUUGUACAUGAAAGCAAACAACAACAAUCAUGGAUUAAAAAAAUCGAUAUUUAGAUCAGAUAAAUACAAAUACCUUAACGGCGUUACUUGUCUGAUUUGUACGACUCAAGAAGGUUACAUUUAUCAUUUUAAUGCAGAAAACAGCGACGAUAGUAAUCCUACUUGCUUGACUACUUAUCCAUUUACAUCACCGGUCGUUCACGUUGCAUUAGAGUACACAGUUUUACAUGCCUUGACAGAGGCUGGAUUAGAAUCGUAUACUUUACGCUUACCUCAUUAUAUUGCAAAAACAACAACGCAGUCGCAAAGUUUUAAAACUAUUUGCCCUGACAUUUCCGAGCCGAUCUGUCUAAUUGGACUACGUCCUUUCUUAGGAGUUCAAAAAUUACUUAGCUCGGAUAAAUAUAUUGUACUAUUGGCUAAAGCUGAAAAUUCUUGGACAUUGUAUUCAUUGAAAUUACCAAGGCCUGAAAAUGUUUAUUACGACAUUGUAAACGCUGCCAAGAACCAUAGGACAAGUAGCCCAUCGACUUAUCGCCAUUUGCUGGAAGAGGCCCAUACCAUAUUACGCUUAGCGAAAGAUAUUGCGGAUCCUCACAGCAAUCAAACGCAAAGUGACUCGACAUUGGAAACCCUUUACAAUCAAUCGUGUGCACUUCUAGGAGAUUAUUUCAUAAAAUCAGAUUCCGAAUUGGAAAGACGCCUGUGCAUAGCAUAUUAUAAAAUGUCGGGAUUAAAACCUAGUGCUGUCCUUUCUCGAAAGUCAACGGGCAAUGCUCCUGGACUGGUGACCUACAUAAUCGAUGUCUUAAUGACCAUACAGAGUGGACCAGAGGCCGAUGCACUUUUCCAAGGUCAAAAUAUCGUGGAAAUUAUUAGCAACGAGAGUAGGGAACAUUUGCUUAAAAUUAUUUUAGGAAGCGUUGUUCUUCGAGAAUACGGGACCGAUAAGUUAAUAAAGCUCUUGGUAUCGCAAACCGAAGAUGAUUACAGUCAGCUUGCUCUCACUCUACUCUACAUUCAGGCGGAGAAGCAAACUUUGGCAGAGACAGCCUUACACUACAUUUCCGAUAAAUUUCUUUUUUCCACAGUGCUCGAUUAUCCUCAUCUGCUCUUCGACGAAGGUGCGUUUGACUCUCGGAAUAGAGCUAUUCUAUGCUUUUCAGAUUUUUCAGCCACUCUAAUUUGUCACAAAAGUCUGGUUUUCGCACGAAUUCUUACGCAAUUAGUCGAAGAUGAAGUGCUCACUUUGCAUAAAAUCAUGCAGGUAUUCCUAGAAUAUUUACCAUCACGGGUCGGAAGAGAUGGACAUGAUGCAGCAGCUGCCUUGCAGCAAUUCCUUGAAACAUACCUCCGUACCUAUUUCACAAAAUUGGAUGAUAAAAGUGACAUGAACUACGAUAUUGCCUUGAUCGAAGCUUUUAAAAUUCUCGUUAGAUCGUAUCUGGGUAAAUUGAUGCAGUCGAAAGUCUAUAAGACGGAUAAUCAAUCGUCUGAGAUGAAUCAUUGGCCGGACGACGACGCUUAUCUUUUCGAAAGUCGUAGACCAAAAUAUUUAGAUAAGAUGCCACCGUGCGCCAAAGAUUACCAAAAAAUUAUCAACGCCGUGGAUUUUGAUGAGUUUUCCAAGUUAAAUAAUGCCGAAAGCAUUAAGACAGUGCGAAUUGAAGUUUUGAAGUUGCAAGCUCUGAUGGCGAGUGAGUUCUUACCAGGCGAAUGCCUUGAGGAGGUCGAGCAAUUUCUUGACACCGAGCAGGUAGAUGGUGACACAGCUUUUCGCAUACUUUGCAAUCGAAAUACAGAAGCAGUCACGCAAAUAUUACUAGAAAAAUGUCCGCAAGCAGUCCUGCAAUAUGCUAAGGAUGUGUAUACCAAAGAUACGGAGUGGAAGCUGCUCGUUGAUUUGCUACAGCAAGAAAUAUCAAAACACAAUUCUAGUCAAGAAUCGCGCCUAUUCUUUGAGCAAACAAUGAUCGAAACAUUGAAAUAUUUAGUAGAAAUUUUGCCUUUGAAAUCGAUAUACUACAUUCUUCCAAAAGGCAACGACGAAGCACUCGAACAUUAUACGGACAUUUGUUCUCGUAUUGUUUAUGCAGAACACGUAAAAUCUUCAUUGAUGGAGAGUAGUCAUCAGUUACUAUCAACUUUAAAUUUUUAGAGCAUCUAAAAUACAGACAAUUUCUUGUUUUAGAUGACAUGUCAUUAGAAAUCUAUUCAGAAAAAUGUCACCGUGUAAUGCAAGUUAUUUAUAAGUAGUCAACGUUUUAUUUAUUUACAGUAG